UAAUCCAGCGUUUUCAUGCCACCGUCAGAGAAUACUUCAGGGGUCCACUUAAGCCCCCUUUCAAUGUGCAAGCGAGGAAAGCUGCAGGGUUCGGACCCGAAUGGUACUUUUCACGAGUUUGGUGGGAGGUGGAUCGAUGACCAGCCUGUGGACCAGCAGGGGAAGGAGAAGUUGAGACAUCCUCAUCAGGCUGAGAUGCCACCCAACCAUUUUACCGCGAUGAACUCACGAAGCAACGGCUUGAGCUGGCGUGGCGCAGAUCCGACGGUUGUCAUUCUUGUUCAGCUUUCUCUGUCGAAUGAAGAGACAGUCAUCGGUCCAACAACGCCCACCGACACCUCUCUCUCUCUCUCUAUUAGAGAUUUUAGUUCGGCUUCCCCUCCAAUCCAACCACAUUCACCGUUCUUCGUCGCCUCUCUCUUCAAUUGCCUUCGAAGAGAUCAGAUCUGGUCUGAUCAAGAACUCUCGAUCGUGGGGAAGAUGAGGGCGUGGUCGGCCGUCCUGCUGGUGGUCGCUGUAGCCUUCGCGGCAGCGGCGGAGGCGUCGAAGUCGAAGCCCAAGGUGUGCAACAAGGGGUGGGAGUGCAGCGGCAGUAUCUACUGCUGCAACGACACCAUCAGCGACUACUUCAAGGUGUACCAGUUCGAGAACCUCUUCAGCAAGCGCAACUCCCCCGUGGCGCACGCCGUCGGCUUCUGGGACUACCAGUCCUUCAUCCUUGCCGCCUCCGUCUACGAGCCUCUCGGGUUCGGCACCACCGGCGACAAGGUGACCAAGAUGCAGGAGGUCGCCGCCUUCCUCGGCCACGUCGGCAGCAAGACCUCCUGUGGAUAUGGUGUUGCCACUGGUGGCCCACUUGCAUGGGGAUUAUGCUAUAAUCAUGAAAUGAGCCCAAGCCAAGACUACUGUGAUCCAAACUACCUUUAUCCCUGUGUCGACGGAGUUCAAUACUAUGGACGUGGUGCUCUGCCUGUGUACUGGAACUACAACUAUGGGCUUCUUGGCGACGCCAUAAAGGCAGAUCUGUUGAACCAUCCAGAAUACCUGGAGCAAAAUGCUACCCUGGCUUUCCAAGCCGCUAUGUGGAGGUGGAUGACACCAAUAAAGAAGAAGCAGCCGUCGGCCCAUGAUGUUUUCGUCGGAAACUGGAAGCCCACAAAGAACGACACCUUGUCGAAAAGGUUACCUGGCUUUGGGCUUACCAUGAACAUUCUGUAUGGUGAUCUUAUAUGCGGCCAGGGCUUUAUUGAUCCCAUGAACAAUAUCAUAUCUCACUACCAAUAUUACCUGGACCUGAUGGGAGUCGGGCGUGGAAACUCUGGAGAUAAUGUAGAUUGUGCUGAACAAGUGGUUUUCAACCCAUCUUACAAAGCUGAUACAGCAACCUAAGCCAUGAUCGAAGUAAGCUGUAAGAUAUCAAUGGAAUCAUCGGUCAGAGUGCCCCAAAUAAAUGAACGUGUCAAUGAAUGCUCUGUGUUAUAAGACUUGCUUGUUAAAAAUGUGUAGCUACAGCAGUGGUUAUUAUGUUGAGUGGCUCUGUUAUUCUUCUUAAUAGCUGAAUUGCAAUUCUUAUUAUUAUCUGUAAUACUCCACCGUGCCAAUGGUGCUACUCGUGAUUAUAUUGUAUUCCGUGGGGUGAGUAUCAUUGUUUUGGAAACUAUGAAAUAUAUUGUGUUCCAAACUGA